AUGAGUGGAGAUGACAUGGUUCCAGGACCUCUAGCAACUGAUACAAAGGCCAUCAUCUUGGCUGUCAUUUUAUUCCUUUUGUGCCUGGUGGCAGUGGUGGGCAAUGGCUUCAUCACUGCAGUGCUCGGCACAGAGUGGUUGCUACGCAGAACACUGCCACCUUGUGAUAAGUUAUUGCUCAGCCUAGGAGCCUCUCGUUUCUGUCUGCAGUGGGUGGUGAUGGGUAAGAACAUUUAUAUUUUCCUAUAUCCAAUGGCCUUUCCAUACAACCCUGUACUGCAGUUCCUAGGUUUCCAGUGGGACUUCCUGAAUGCUGCCACCUUAUGGUUCUCCACCUGGCUCAGUGUCUUCUAUUGCGUGAAAAUCGCAACAUUUGCCCACCCUGUCUUCCUUUGGCUAAAGCGCAAGUUGUCUACCUGGGUACCAUGGAUGUUUCUCAGCUCUGUGGGGCUCUCCAGCCUGAGCACCAUCUUACUUUUCAUAGGCAACCAGAAGAUAUAUCAGAACUAUGUAAGGACAGGUCUGCAACCUUGGAACCUGACUAGGAAUAGCAUAAGGAGCUCAUAUGAGAAAUUCUACCUCUUCCCUCUAAAAGUGAUUACUUGGACAGUCCCUACUGUUGUCUUUCUCAUUUGCAUGGUUCUGCUCAUCACAUCUCUGGGAAGACACACGAAGAAGGCCCUCUUGACCGUUUCAGGAUUCCGAGAGCCCAGUGCUCAGGUGCACGUCAAGGCUCUCCUGGCUCUAGUCUCUUUUGCUAUCCUCUUCAUCUCCUAUUUUCUGUCGCUAGUGCUCAGUACUGCAGUUAUUUUUCAAUUUGGGGAAUUAAGGUACUGGAUGUGGCAAGCAGCAAUUUAUCUGUGCACAGCAGUCCACCCCAUCAUUCUGCUUUUUUGCCACCCCAGGCUGAGAGCUGUGCUGGAGAGGGGCUGUUCCUCAAGGUGUGUGGCAUCUUGA